AUGGAAGACGCAGCAGCAGCAGCAGCAGCAGGUGGUCCCCAGAAAACUGUGGUGCUGGACGUUGUCGCGCUUAGCCGCAACCUGAUCAGCGCCGAGUACACCCCGUUCCUUCAUGGUUACCUCUCCCGCUCGGAUGUCCUGGAUCGCGACGUGGAGCCGGCCUUUCCGGCCCUGACGUGUCCAGCUCAGUCGACCUACCUUUCCGGCACGGGUCCCGUGACCCACGGCAUCACGGCGAACGGCUUCUAUGACCGGUCGUACUGCGAGGUCAAGAACUGGCACCAGAGCUCCAAGCUUGUGCGCGCGCCCCGCAUCUGGGACGCUCUAAAGGCCCGGCACCCGGAGGCCACCGUGUUCGUCAACGGGCUGUGGCACGGGAUGCAUGACCACGAGAUCGACUACUUCAUUAACGUCCGCCCGCAGUACCUCCAGAACGGGGGAAAGGUCGCCGACAUCUACACCCACCCUGCGGGGCUGCGGGAGGAGCUCCAGGGGAGCCUCGGCACCUUCCCCCUCCACCGCUUCUGGGGCCCAGGCACGUCGAUCGAGUCCUCCAAGUGGACGGCGGCCGCGGCCCUCCAGGUUGACAAGGAGCACGACCCGACGCUCGCCCUCAUCUACCUCCCGCACCUGGACUACAGCCUGCAGAAGUACGGGCCCCCUCCCUCGAGCGAGCAGGGGACGGCAACAACGAACCCGGACGACCCCGACAGUAAGGUUCUGAAGGACCUCAAGGAGAUCGACGAGGUGGUGGAAGGGCUGGUGAGGUACUACGAGUCGGAGGCCGUCGGCGCGAGGGUGGUGAUCCUGAGCGAGUACGCGAUCGAGCGGGUGGACCGGCCGGUGUACCUGAACCGGGUGCUGAGAGAGGAGGGGCUCGUCCAGGUCAGGAAGGAGAACGGCGGCGAGACGCUCGACUGCGGCGAGUGCCGCGCGUUCGCGCUGUGCGACCAUCAGGUGGCCCACGUGCACGUGCGACACGCCGCUGACAUCCCCCUGGUGCGGCGCGUGCUGUCGAGCACCCCUGGGGUGGAGAUGGUGAUGGACGCCUCGGAGCUCGACGCCUACUACCGAGAUCGGGGAAAAAGCGGCGAGGGCGGCAGCGGUAGUGAGGGCGGCGGCGGAGCGGCUGUGGCGGCCAUGGCCGGAGAGGGGGGCCGGCGGGCGAGCGGCGGGCGCGGGGCGCACCACCCCGAGCGCAGCGGCGAGCUGGUGGCCGUGUCCGACUCCCGCUCAUGGUUCGCGUACUACUACUGGAAGGACGACUCGCAGGCCCCGGACUUCGCGAGGUGCGUGGCCAUCCACCGCAAGCCGGGCUACGACCCGGCCGAGAUGUUCUACCGGUUCCCGGGUUUCGCCGGCUUCGCGUGGCUCAUCCUCAAGCUGCUCCUCUCGUACGGGCUCAAGCUCAGGACCAACGUGGACGCCACCCCGCUCCGGUGCGACAAGAUCAGGGGCUCCCACGGCCGGCUCCCCGGGGGGGCCGAAGACCGAGAUGACGAGCCGCGGCCGAUUAUCAUGUUUAAGACGAAUGGUGCCGGUGUGGGGAGGGCGGGGGCGGUAGGGGUGGACCCCCUUGCCAUAGACGACGGGCAGGUGUUGGAGCUUGGCAGGGAGGCGUGUCUAGAGAAGGGGCGCGUGGUGGUUGCAGAGGACGUGUAUGAGGUCUUGUGGCGAAUCUUGAACCGCGAUAUUUGAGUCGGCUUUUUGCCGGGCGACACGUUUUUUUUGUUUUUUGCUCCCCUCUGGUCGUACACCCCUCUGGUCGGUUAGUGGCCAUCGUUUGGAUGGUCCUCUCUGGCCAAUUCCUGGCUCUGGUUUUUGUUGUGGCGGCAGAGGGUGGUGACCAUCAGUCGGCUGUUGUGCUUGGAUAUCGGUCGUGCCGCUUUUGUUUGCUCGCGUGACCGACCGAAGUCGACCGCGGAUACGUAGCUGGCCUACACCAAGGUACCACUUUUUUGGUUUGGGUGCGCUCGGCUGUGGCGUAUUCCUUCGGUGGAUGUAGGUGAUUCCCCCCCAAUGUUGGUGUGAAGUUGACCACAUGGCGCCUCGUUUUAUCUUGUGGGGACGGAGCGCUGCUGAUGCUCAGCUCGGGUGUUGAGUGUCAGCCCUGUCCGUCGGACCCAUGCGGUAAUUUUACCGCCGCGUGCUCUAGGCCUGGGCGGGGGCGUGCAUUGCUGUCAGCCAAGAGUGUUGCCUCGUGUUUGGGCGGUUGUGGCGGUUGGGGGAGAGAUGGCGGAAAGGCUUCUUGCUGGUGUUUGUUCUCGGUAAGACCACGCCGAGACGAAGACGCCCUUGAACCGAUCUGUGGUUCGUUCCGACAUUCUCAUUUUUUGGUGCUUUUUCUGUGCCGGUGUUUUUCUAUGCGUAUGCCGCCGUCGUCUUGCCUAGAUAGAAGUAGUUUUUAUCUUCAGGCUUCGAGGACACGCUGAUGCGUGUGUGCUACUAGUGUACACAUGAUAGCUGACGAAUGAUUUUCUUGUACCUUUGUACGAAGUGGUUUUCGGUCUCCGGCCGAGAAGCAGCUUCGCUAGCAUUGUCGCCUUUUUAGGUGGAAAGUGCUUCACGCGUUCGUGUCUUGGCGCGGAGUCUUUUUCCGCCCCCGGUCGGCAGGGACAACAACAGGUCAGUCAGUUCCGUUGAAUAAUUAGUUCGUGUUUCCUUUCCUUUUCCCUUUUCUUCGGGCCGUUGUCGAGGUCAUUUCAUCAUUUUGUUUUUCUUUUUUCUCGCAGGUGGUACUAUUAGCUGUAUUCUACCAGAAGCCUUUGCUUUAUGGAGUAUAAGCGCUUUGGGUUUCCAAAUGAAAUGAACGCCUCAAUGAUUUUCGCCGUUUUUGGUAAUUGCAGAACUCGUUCCUAAUUCAGCACAGACUAGGUAGUACGGGCUCUUAGGCGCUUUGUGUCGUACGAAGCCGUGAUGGGUCGGUCACUCAUUUGCACCCGGGUGAAGGGUUGGAGCGCACGUUCACCAGUUGUUUCGCGGUUAGACAGCGAUUCCGAGUUGGUGCACGCACUCAUCAUGUCGUGUUGCCAGGGCGGAAGUUGGCCGAAUCGCCUACUUUUCCUCCCGCGUUUCCAGCGCCUCUAUAGUUUGGUCUAAGUUAUAUUCAUACCUAUGUAGCA